UCCGGGCGGGCCCGCGGGGGGAGCGGAGCGGCAGCGGCAGCGGAGCCUCGGCCUGGCCCGGCCGCCGCCAUGCCCGGCAUCGACAAACUGCCCAUCGAGGAGACGCUGGAGGACAGCCCGCAGACCCGUUCUCUGCUGGGAGUGUUUGAAGAAGAUGCUGCUGCAAUAUCCAAUUACAUCAAUCAGUUAUUUCAAGCCAUGCACAGAAUAUAUGAUGCACAGAAUGAGUUAAGUGCAGCAACUCAUCUGACUUCAAAGCUUCUGAAGGAAUAUGAGAAACAGCGCUUCCCACUCGGGGGAGAUGAUGAAGUCAUGACUUCCACUCUGCAGCAAUUUGCAAAAGUGAUUGAUGAGCUCAGCUCUUGCCAUGCAGUUCUUUCAACUCAGCUUGCAGAUGCAAUGAUGUUUCCUAUUACCCAGUUUAAAGAAAGGGAUCUAAAAGAGAUAUUAACUCUAAAAGAAGUUUUCCAAAUUGCAAGCAAUGACCAUGAUGCUGCCAUUACCAGAUACAGUCGGUUGUCAAAGAGAAGGGAAAAUGAAAAGAUCAAGGCUGAAGUUACAGAAGAUGUAUAUACUUCCAGGAAAAAACAGCAUCAGACGAUGAUGCAUUAUUUCUGUGCAUUAAAUACUCUCCAGUACAAAAAGAAAAUUUCUCUGCUGGAACCCUUGCUAGGAUACAUGCAAGCUCAGAUAAGCUUUUUUAAAAUGGGUUCAGAAAAUCUUACCGAGCAACUGGAAGAGUUUUUGACCAAUAUUGGCACGAGUGUACAAAAUGUUCGCAGGGAAAUGGAUUGUGAAGUAGAAAACAUGCAACAAACCAUAGAGGACUUGGAAGUGGCGAGUGAUCCACUGUAUUUGCCUGAUCCUGAUCCUACAAAAUUUCCUGUUCACAGGAAUCUGACACGGAAAGCUGGCUAUCUCAAUGCAAGAAAUAAGACAGGGCUGGUAUCUUCCAGUUGGGAGAGACAGUUUUACUUCACCCAAGGUGGAAAUCUGAUGAGCCAGGCCAGGGGUGAUGUAGCUGGGGGGCUUGUCAUGGACAUAGACAACUGCUCGGUGAUGGCUGUGGACUGUGAGGACAGACGGUACUGCUUCCAGAUAACGUCAUUCGAUGGCAAAAAGUCUUCAAUCUUGCAGGCAGAAAGUAAAAAGGAUUAUGAAGAGUGGAUAUGCACUAUAAACAACAUAUCUAAACAGAUAUAUCUAAGUGAAAACCCUGAGGAAAUGGCUGCCCGUGUCAAUCAGUCAGCCCUGGAGGCUGUCACUCCAUCUCCCUCCUUCCAGCAGAGGCACGAGAGCAUGAGGCCAGCUGGACAAUCCCGUCCCCCUGCAGCUCGUACCAGCAGCACAGGCUCCCUGGGAUCUGACUCAGCAGCUUUAUCAGCACUUUCCUUGGAUUCACUCGUUGCCCCAGACACUCCCAUACAGUUUGACAUCAUAUCUCCAGUUAGUGAAGAUCUGCCUGGCCAAGCAAAGUCUUCAGGGCAAUCGGGCAGACGCACAAAUCCUUUUGGUGAAUCUGGAGGCUCAAAAUCUGAAACAGAAGAUUCAAUCCUUCAUCAGUUAUUUAUUGUAAGAUUUCUUGGCUCCAUGGAGGUGAAGUCUGACGAAAGCCCAGAUGUUGUUUAUGAAACAAUGCGUCAGAUCCUGGCGGCUCGUGCCAUCCAUAACGUUUUCAGGAUGACAGAGUCACAUUUGUUAGUCACCUGUGACUGUUUAAAGUUAAUUGAUCCACAGACACAAGUGACAAGACUACGGUUCCCUCUGCCCAGUGUAGUGCUCUGUGCCACACACCAGGAGAAUAAACGCCUGUUUGGAUUUGUGCUCCGAACCUCAGGAGGGAGAGCUGAGAGCCGCCAGACUUCCAUCUGCUACAUAUUUGAAUCAAAUAAUGAAGGGGAAAAGAUUUGUGACUCUGUUGGACUGGCCAAACAGAUAGCUUUUCAUGCAGAACUGGAUCGAAAAGCAACAGAAAAGCAGAAAGAAAUAGAGCGAGUCAAAGAGAAACAACAGAAAGAACUGAAUAAACAAAAGCAAAUUGAAAAGGACUUGGAGGAGCAGAGCCGGUUGAUUGCUGCUUCCAGCAGAUCCAACCAGAGCAGUGGAGAAGGACAGUUUGUAGUCCUGAGCAGUAGCCAGUCAGAAGACAGUGAUUUAGGAGAAGAUGGAAAGAAGAAGAGAGAAUCCGAAGCCUAAGGCUGCCCACUUCAUUAAAAUUGGAAUCAUGGAUAUAUCUGGUAAAAUGGCACAAGUUCUACAACAAGUGAAAUGUAGGUGGUGGGUCUGUUGUAUUAUAGAAAAGACUUCUCAAUAUAUAGACCCUAUUAUGCCUUGAUUUUUAUUUCUCAGUUAAGUGAUUUCCAUUUUCCUGUCAGUAUAAUUUCUCUUCCAUAUGCCAGAUGAAGCAUGGUGACGCUGCCAUGUUUAUUACAAAUUUAUGUUUUCUCAAGGCUUCUCUGCAGUAUGGAAAAAAAAAAAGUGGGUUUUUUCCCCACUUACUUCUCUGUGCAAUUAACUGCUUUUGAAGCAAAACUUAAAACUCCCCUGGGGCUUCAGCAGUACAUGAAACUCAUUCUAUCCACUGCACUAUGGAGAACACCUUGCUGGAAACAGAAGUGAAUGUCCAAAUAAGACAGUGCUAAGCUUUACCCAAUUUGUUGCACAUAACUGUUCUUAGAUUUAGAAAGAAAAAUCCUUAUUAACAUCAGUGAGAUGUGCAAUAGUUCUAGACAGAAGGAUCUUUUUUGUUUCGUUUUGCACUGUAUGAUAUUGCAUUGGGGUCUUUUUGGGGUGAUUAUAAUGCUGAAAGACUUCUUUCACCAGGAGAAAAAGAUACUGUCAGACCUAGAUGAGAGCUGAUGAGAUGCAGUUGAACUUUGCUGCCUGAGGAAAAGCAUUCCUCAUCAAAUGAUAGGAGCAAUGUGUACAGCCUGGGAGCACAAGUGCCAUGUUCUUGGUUUUUCCCCAGUCCUUGGAAUAAAGAGCUGUAAACCUUUGAGUUCACUUUUAUAAGACAUGCUUAGAGUUGCAAGAACAUCUUGAAUUCCAGUAAUCUUCGGCACGUGUAAAUGCCUUGAUGCCAGUACACUGCAUCUACUGCAAAGGAGUUGAGGCUCUGUAAGUCUUCCUAUAAAAAGGGAUUUUGCAAACAGAAUUUGCCAUUUUGGAAGUAAGAGAUGAUGAUAAUCCUACAUCCCAGAGUCAAUCCUGGAAAGCAUUUUUCAAAGCAGUGUCUGUUUACAGCUUGUAAUCUGCACUCCAUAGUCCAUACCCUGUGUAAUAUUUAUUUUGUAUAGUAUUAGAUGUGCAUUCACCUUUUGAUCCAGAAGAGAAAACUUGUUUGAAGAGAAAUAUUUAUUUUUGCACUAAUUACUAUAAAUAUUAAAAUCCAGUGGAACAGAAGAUAGAUAGCUCUCUAAUAGCGGCACGAAGAUAACAGGACAUGUAGAGAGAGAAGAAUAUACUUAUACUCCAAGUUAUAAUAUAACAGUUAUGAGUGGUUUACAGUUCAUUGCAGGGCAUUUCUGGUGUUCAGGAAUGGAAGCAAUUUUCAGAGUAAGCAAUUUUCAGAGUAUCUCCCCAGCAGCUGGUGAUGGCCCAGCCCUUCAGAGCUGGAGCUGCUCAGUGCUGAUGAAGUCAGUGAGGAAUCUCAGGUCACAGCUGCAGGUGCACAGAGGGCUCUCCUUGCACACUGGAGUGCCCUGCACUGGCUAAAGCAGCUCCUCCUGCCCUGGGUGCCGUGACUGCGUGUGCAGGAGGUCACUGAGCACUCCUGACACAGGGGAGAAGGGCAGCAGUGCCUGUC